AUGAGAAGCAAUUUCGAAUUUACCGGUCGAAAAGGUCUCACCCGCGUACAUCUUCAAGUAAUUAUCUCAGUUUCUCAGAUGUUGGGUAAUAUCGUGGGAUUGAAUAAUGCUAGGUUUCAAGAAAGUCUCUCAUUGAUCAAUAGCUACGCCUCGAGUGAUAAAGCCAUGAAAGGAACAGGGUUUCCCGUUGAAGUAAAGGAUCUAACAAAACGCGCCGCCUGUUGUCAAUUACACAUAGCUGCCUUAAUGGCGGAGUACCUAAAGCUGAAGAAGAUACAGAAUUGGGGUGCCGAAAAGUUCGAACUCAUAUCUUCAAACAUCCCAAAGGACGAAAAAGGUUUAAAGCUCGAUUCCGGUGUACAAGACGUCCAAUAUACUGAGUUUAUUCUUCAAGAACAGCUCGAACGGUGUGCGGAAUACUUGGAUAAAGCUGAGCGAUACGAAGUUCUUGGCGAAUUGUACAGACUUAUAAUUCCAAUUCACGAGAAAAAACGAGACUACGAUAUGCUCAGAAAAUGUUACAGUUCUUUAGCGGAUAAUUACGAAAAGAUUAUUGAAACUAAUAAAAGCGGUAGAAGACUUUUGGGUCGGUAUUACCGAGUAGGGUUUUACGGACAAGCUUAUUUCGAAGAUGAAAACUGCACUGAAUAUAUCUACAAAGAACCGAAAGUUACGGCGCUUAGUGAGAUUUCCGAAAGAUUAUAUAAGAAAUAUUGUGAUAAAUUUGGGUCGGAUGCUGUGAAAAUGAUUCAAGAUUCAACUCCGGUUUGUAAAGCUGAGCUGGAUCCGAAAAUAGCGUAUGUACAAGUAACACACGUCAUUCCGUACUUCGAAAAACACGAACUCGAAGAAAGGCAGACGGAAUUCGAGCACAACCAUGACAUUAACUGUUUUAUGUUCGAAACUCCUUUUACGAAAGAAGGAAAAGCUAGAGGAAAUCCGGAAGAGCAAUGGAAAAGAAGAACUAUAUUAACAACAUCCUACUCAUUUCCAUAUGUAAAGAAGAGAAUCGUAGUCAAAGGCGUUCGACAAACAGAACUGACUCCAAUCGAAGUUGCCAUAGACGAGAUGCAGAGCCGCGUGGCCGAAUUAGAAGACGUGGUUUUCACUCAACCUACAGAUCCUAAAAAACUACAAUUACGAUUGCAAGGCAGCGUUUGUGUCCAAGUAAACGCCGGCCCUUUGGCUUAUGCUAGCGUUUUCCUCGAUCCUGCUCUCUCGAAUAUGUAUCCCGAAGAAAAAGUCGAGGAAUUAAAAGAUAUAUUUAGGUAA